CAUCUGGGGUAGAUUUCAAGGCAGGACAAGCUGUCAGAGAGAAGGGCAGAGGUGUGAGGAGCCACCGGAGAAGAACAUGUUGGAGAAGAAGACAUUAAAAACAUAAGGAGGCCCUUCAAAAACAUGAAGCCGUGAGAGGAGGAAGAGAAGAGGGGACCUUCUGGAGUAAAGCACUUGUCUGGAAGGAGCGGAUAAGAGUUGAGGAAAUUGAAGAUACCAGGCCAAAAAGGGUGCCUGCUGGAAGAAUGGGGUGCAUUCACAGCACGAGCGCUGACAGGAUGAAGAAACAUGGACUUGGUACUGACAGCGGAGGAAUCCCCGUGAAGGCAGAGCCUGAGGUCCAUCCUGAAAUCCUCCAGCUCGCUGAGCUCACCGAAGCUGGGAGCCACACCUUCACAGAGAAGAGCUUCAAGAGGAGACGGGUGUGUGAUGUAUGCAAACAGAACAUCAACAACCCCGGGGCUUUCUGCAAGGAAUGCAAAGUCGCAGUUCACAAGACAUGUGAAGCCAAGGUGACUCCCACCUGCACCUCAACACCAGAUCUGAACGGUUCCACUAAAUCAACAUCACAGAAGAAGAGAGGCUCCUUACCAAGGAGUAAAAGUGUGGAACAAGUGAUGGAGCAUGUGAUGGAGCGCCACUACGAUUUUGACCUCACCUACAUCACAGAGAGGAUCAUCUCUGUCUUCUUCCUGCCAGACCUGGAGGAGCAGCGGUACCGCAGAAACCUACAGGAAGUGGCCUCCAUGCUAAAAUCAAAACACCAAGACAAGUUUCUGCUACUGAAUUUAUCGGAGAAGAGACAUGACAUCACCAGACUUAACCAAAAGGUUCAGGACUACGGCUGGCCUGAUCUUCACGCCCCACCUUUGGACAGGAUCUGUGCCAUCUGUAAAGCCAUGGAGACCUGGCUGACCUCUGACCCCAGCAACGUAGUGGUCCUCCACUGCAGGGGAAACAAAGGGAAGACGGGGGUCAUUGUGGCAGCCUACAUGCACUACAGCAAGAUAUCUGCUGGAGCAGACCAGGCUCUCACCACACUGGCCAUGAGGAAGUUCUGUGAAGACAAAGUCAGCUCUUCCCUACAGCCCUCACAGAACAGGUACAUCUACUACUUUGGCGGUCUGUUGUCAGGUUCCAUCAAAAUGAACAGCAGUCCUCUGUUCCUCCACCAGAUCCUCGUUCCCUCACUACCGAACUUCCAGACUGGAGGAGGUUUCUAUCCCUUCCUGAAAAUCUACCAGUCUCUACAGCUGGUCUACACCUCAGGCGUCUAUGAUCCUCAAAGCUCCAGGGCGAGGAAGUUGUGUGUGACUAUGGAGCCAGCGCUAUUAUUAAAGGGAGACAUUAUGGUGAAGUGCUACCACCGGAGGAGUCGAGCAGCAGAGAGAGAGGUGGUCUUCAGAGUCCAGUUUCACACCUGCACUGUUCAUGGAGCCCAGCUGUGGUUUGGCAAGACUGAACUGGACUUGGCCUGCACAGAUGACAGGUUCCCUCCUGACGCUACAGUCGAAUUUAUCUUCUCCAAUGGGCCAGAGAAAAUGAAAGGUCGAGAAUACCGCAAGAACGAUGCCUCUAUCAAAGUGGACUAUAACACCUCAGACCCUGUGGUCAGAUGGGAUUCUUAUGAAAACUUCAACCUGCACCACCAAGACAGCAUGGAAAAUAUCUCUCAUACGAGGGGCCCUCUGGACGGCAGUCUCUACGCACAGGUGAGGAAGCGACGUGGGCCAGGCUCGACUGCCUCAGCAGCAUCUCCCAAUGGAUGCCUCACAGGCAGCCCAACAGUGAAGCCACAAACUCCCUGCCAGCCCCAGCCGCCCACCUACAGCAGUGAUUCCAGUCGUUCCUCAGCUCCCACUGAUCAUCUGCAAGACGGGGAAGACAGAGCAAGAGAGAAGACAAGAGGGAAAGAAAAGGAUAGGGAGACGGCGAUUUUAGAUGAUGGAGACCUCUCAAGUCCAGGGGGUUUGAGGCGAGAACAUUCAUGUUGUGGUCGGGCAGGUGCAAAUUGUGGCGAUGUGGGAUGGGAGAGGGAGAGAGGGCCCUGCCUUUCUAAUGGUCACUGUCUCGGACGUUGUAACAGCAUUAAAAAUCAUCCAAAAAGCCAAACUCUGCCUGCUUUACCAUCCAAAUCUGUGUCCCCUCCUCCAAAUUCAGCUCAUAUGGAACUUUGCCAUCGCCAUAGUGCCCAUCCUUUACCAGAGUUACCGUGGGAACGUCCGCCCCCACCUCCACCUCCACCGCUGCCCUGUCUCCACAGGCCAUACUACCCUUAUUCUACCCCUGAACACGCACACCCACACAGCCACUCCCUCCCAGCCUCAAACAGACUCUGCACUGGGGAGGAGUGUCACCUCUUCCAUUAUUCCAGCCACAGCCCAUCCUCUCAUGUCUCCCAUCAGUCCCUGCCCUCUAGCCCUUACAGGGAAAUGUUCUUCGGCUCUCCAACACCGUCCUCUGGUUGCCCCUGUCGGGACUGCUCCAGCAGGCGAGAGCACCAAUCAGCCUCUGUCAGAACAUUCCACCCAUUACACCCAGAACAACUGGAAAACCCACACUGGUCCCCAGGAGCAGGGGUACAACGAGCAAGAGAGGCGCCUCCACUCUGGGAAAGUGAAAAUCCGUGGGAGGUGGUGAGGGAGGCCGAGUUCUGGCAGUGCAAAUCAGCCAUACCUUCUUUUCGGGUGUACCCCUCCUCUUUGGAUCAGGGUCCAAACCCAGAGCAGCCUAGAUUUGCCCUUGGACCUCACCAGAGCUACCAUAGCCCCCAGUCUCUGUUGGAUGUGCGGGAUGGAGCCAGCAGUGGGUACCAUACCCCUCCACCACCCCGCCACUCCUGCCCCUGCUCUCCUUAUCAGUCAUCACCAGCUGAGAGCCAUGAGAGCCGGGGUUAUGCCUCAGGAUACCACUCUGGAUCGGCCUCGCCUCUGCCCACUAGUAGCCCGUCUCCUGGGAAAGGCAGGCUGCCCGAGACGCCCUCUAGAUCCAGAGAACAACAGCAUGCUGAAGUGGAAAAGGCCAAAACGAAUGUGGAGGAUGACAUAUCCCAGGGUUCAGAGGGUAAAUCGGACUCUAAUGGCCAGUCAAGCACCCCUGGACUGGACUCUGAUCAUGACUACACACUUAUUGGUAGCAUCAGCCCCACACACACUGAAGACAGUGUUACUGCUGAUAGCCCUCCUCAAAGCCAAGAAACCUCCACACAGCUAAAAUCCAACACAAAUAGCAACAACACUAUCACACCAGUACCAUCAGAAACACAAACCCAAACUUCCAACAUAUCCAUAAACUCUACACAACCAUCAAGUGAGCAGAGUUUGAGUUCUGAUCGAAAGACGAGUGAAGCCAAGACCACAGGAAGUGUUGAAGGAUCUAACCAAUCACAUGCUUCAAGUUAUGCUGCUGUCAUUAUCACCCCAGUCCAAGUGCAACUCAAUGGUUCUGCCCUUCCCAGCGAUACCCCAUCCGACAGCAGCAGAAGUAUAACCAUGAACCCUUUUGCCUCCCCCAGUUCUAGCCCUUCUCCCACUUCCCCAAAUUCUCCUAUUGACUCCCCAGAGGUGAAGUCCUCUCCCCAGCACUCCCCAUUGGCUCCAGACACAGCAGGGUACAGACUGACUCCAGACAGGGACAGCUCAGCUGACAACAAACCUCCAUCACCUGUGCCCGACGGAUAUCACACACCCACAUUUCCAUUAGCAUCCUAUUACUACCCAUUACUAAACGUCCCCCAUGUCCCAUACACGGGAUACACUGCAGUCACCAUCCCCGCUAUCCAGCCACCGCUCCCUGAGAAGAAACGCCUUUCCUCCACCGGAGGAUCUCUGAACGGACACAACUCUCUUCUCAGAGUCUCCUCAGCUCCUUCCCCCUCGCACCACGUUACUUUCUCCCCUACUCUGGGAGAACAGAGACGAGGGUCUGCACAGUCGAGCUAUAAAGAGGAGGCAGACAUCAGGGUUAAUGCUAAGUUUGUCCAGGAUAGCUCCAAGUACUGGUACAAACCAGGCAUCUCUAGAGACCAAGCUAUAGCUGUGUUAAAGGACAAGGAGCCAGGAACGUUCCUCAUCAGAGACAGUAACUCCUUCCAAGGGGCCUACGGUCUGGCCCUCAAAGUGGCCACCCCUCCUCCCAAUGCCAACAUCACUGGCAGCAAAGGGGAUCCUCUGGAACAGCUGGUGAGACACUUCCUCAUCGAGACUGGGCCACGGGGAGUGAAGAUCAAGGGCUGUCAGAACGAAUCUUAUUUCGGAAGUUUAUCUGCUCUGGUGUACCAGCAUUCAAUUACUCCCAUCUCUCUACCCUGUGCCCUUCACAUCCCAGAAAAAGAUCUGGUGGGGGAGCUUCAGGAGAUGCAGAGUGCAACAAACACCAGCACAGCAGCUGACCUCCUCAAACAGGGAGCAGCCUGCAACGUGCUCUACCUGAACUCUGUGGAAACUGAAUCGCUGACGGGGCCGGAGGCAGUUUCCAGGGCAACCAAGUGCACGCUGACUCUGAGUCCACGUCCAGUGGCAACAGUGGUCCACUUUAAAGUGUCCUCUCAGGGGAUCACUCUAACAGACAGCAAAAGAAGGCUAUUUUUCAGGAGACACUACCCAAUCAACAGUGUCACGUUCAGCAGCCUUGACCCACAAGACCAGAGGUGGACUAAUUCUGAUAGCACAUCAAGCAAGAUGUUUGGUUUUGUGGCCAGGCGAACGGGCAGUGCCACAGAGAACGUGUGUCACCUAUUUGCAGAGAUGGACCCCGAGCAGCCAGCUGUGGCCAUCGUCAACUUUAUCAACAAAGUGAUGCUGGGACCACAGCUACGUAGAUGAGAGAGCAGAAUUAGACAACUCUGGAUUAUUGGGGAGAGAUAUUAUAAGAGAUAUAAUAUUAUAGAUAAAUAUAAUGAUUAUAGCAUAUUUUUUAAUGAAGUGUGUGUGUAACUACAUUUACACUUGCAUUUGUGCAGGUGGCAUCACUGUGCCCGGCUGUAUGACUGUUUUUAUAAGUGAAUUCUGUUCUGAUAGAUCACUGCUCC